AUGUCAGAGGGCCUCUCGCGACGCCGCAUCGGCACCCCCCGUUCCGAAGCAGAUGACUUCGCGGACACCGGCAAUGCACCAACACCCUCGCGCACCCCGCACACACCCGAGCCGUCCAAAAUUGAAAAGGCGCCUUUGCUCACACUAAUGGAAGAAACACUGCUUCUAGGGCUCAAGGACCAGGAGGGUUACCUGUCCUUCUGGAACGACAGUCUCUCGUACGUGCUGCGCGGCUGUAUGCUGAUGGAGCUGGCAUUCCGGCGGCGCAUCCGCAUAAGCAAAGAUGCAUUCACCGGAAUGACCUCCUUGGGCGACCGCCACCUUGAGGUAAUCUCAACCAACCCCACGGGCGAAGUACUCCUGGACGAAGCGCUGCGGGUUAUAAAGGGCAGUGAUACACCGAGGGCCGUCAAUGCCUGGAUGGAUUUGCUGAGCGGCGAGACGUGGAAUAUUGCAAAGGCCGGGUACCAGCUGAAGCAGGUCAGGGAGAGGCUGGCCAAGGGCCUGGUUGACAAGGGCGUUUUGCGGACGGAGAAGAGAAACUUUCUGUUCUUCGACAUGGCUACGCACCCGGUACAGGACCCCCGGGCAAAGGACGAGGUCAUUGUGAGGGUGCUGGAUACCCUCAGUUUGCCCCGCUCCGCCGCCAUCCCCACACGCUCCCAGCGCGGGUUCUACAAGAACGAGGAGAACCACAAGUUUGCUCUGUUCCGCAGAGUGUGCCUGGUGGCCGCCGCCUGUGCCGGAAGUGUCAUUGAGAACCCGCUGGUGCAUAUGGAUAUGGAGACGCGGGACCGGGCCGUGGCCAGGGCUGAGGAGCUGAUGGAUGUCUACGGCAGGUGGCCGUUCAAGAAGGAGUCGCCGCUGUACACCGCUGACAUUGGCGCCGGCGAGGCCGGCGACCUGAUGGUCGAGGAGGUCGUGGCUGCAGUCAUCUGCGUGCUGCGAAAGAUGGACAAGCUAAUCUGA